UCGUUAUCUAGUGCGCAUCUCUUCGGGCGGCCUCGCUCUGCACAGGCGAGUGAUGGAGUUCCUCAAAUCAGUUAUAUAUGAUCUGAGACAGUACGGCGAAGAUCAAUGAAUCGCGCUCGUCGAAGCCAGGGAUUGCGUGACAAAAACUCAGGGAUUUACGAGUCACAAGGCGAAGAUACAUCUUACAGGCGGGCCUACACGAUCACAUCAAGUGUGUUCUCAACUUUUAGUCUAAAAUCAUACGACAUGAAUGAGACGAAGCGUCGUCUGACAAUGGCCAUAACCAUCCUUCUCCCUCUGACCCUCCUCACCGGGUACUUCGGCAUAAAUUUCGAAGUGAUGUGGUCCGUUAAUCUCCAUACCGACUUAUUAUUCUGGGAAACCGCAAUACCUGUCAUGACCGUCAUCAUCCCGUUUUUGUGGUCAGAUAUUAGGCGGAUGUUGCAUUACGUGCGGAAGAGAUAUGUAGAGGGGCAGUGCAAAGUGGGCUUUUGUUUUCUUUUGUCGGUUUGGAAGUUGUUUUGAAAAUUUUGUGACACCAUUUAGCUGGUUGGUCACCUUUAUACCUUUCUGUUGAUCUUUCUUACCGUUCUGGUUGAAAUGGGAAUUGCAAACAGCGGAAACUAUCAAUAGAGACCAUCCUCGAGGCGAACUUGGUGUGCUUCCCAGAGAGUUCACCGUAGAAUAGCAAGGCAUUGCAUUCCAGUCUCCACCUUUUACUGGUCACUACCUACCGUCACCUCUUGAACCCGGGCCCAUCCUGUCCGUCUACGAACAGAAGUAGAAACCAGACCGCAAUAAUGCCAGAGGAUCCUGAGCUCGUGCCUUGCCAGGUUAGCAUAGGGUUUUCAGAA